AUGACCAUGGUACAUUUCCUGGCGACCACGAAGUCGUUACGUUUGUUGGCUGUCCAUUUCCACUGGAGGAAGCACCCGAGCACUUUUCCCAUCUUAGAAGAUGAGGCUGGACCUUUACUUCUCUUCUUGUUACCCUCGUUCGGACUUAGUGCAUUCGUCGUCGUUCAUCAAGAAGUACUCUUCUUACGUAAGGUCCACUCUACAAUCACUACCACCAGAACUCGCAGCUUGCUUUUCCUGUCCAACCUCAUCCUCAGGGUGACUAUAGGGUGCAGGACAGCACAAGUGAUUGUUAUUUUGGUGGCUCUUACCGGUGGCACUCAUCCCGGGCCCACUACCGUGGCUCAGAAGAGGGAUACAUUUAAGAUUAACGUCACGAACCAAUUAACUAACGAUUCGAAGUACCUACGCAACCAAAUGGACGGCGUGUCAUUUAUCACGCAAUGUCCGAUCGCUCCUGGACACUCUUUUUUGUAUGACUUCAAUGCUACCGACCAAGUGGGAACGUACUGGUACCACUCUCAUUAUGGACGGUUAUGUUCAAGCAGGGUGGCUUUCAGACCGCCGCUCCUGCUGUUCUCAAGCAGAACGACAGUUCGUGCACUGGACCUCCGCCCAGAUUCGCCGCAGUUCAGGCAGUCAAAGAAUUCAAUCGAGGGCGUUUCUGUCACGCUCGUCCACCGGCCGGGCCUCGAGCACGGAAGCCUCAAUCAUCACAACCCGAUACUCACCUACAAAUUCACCAAGUUAGAUACUCAAUGCUGCGCAAUCUUCAUUCCCGCUUUCACGGAGUCGACUAUUGUUGCAUUCUACCCAGUCACUGUAUAA